AUGGUUUCCUCUCGCCGCUGGGCUAUAUUCGUUCUUUUCGUCUCUGCCUCAAACCUUAUUUGCGAAAGCUGGGCAUCUCCUCUGAUUGAGACCAUCGGAAAGCGAAACUCCCCUGUGCCCUUCGGAGCCAUCUUGGACAGAUGCGUCAUUCCUGGCACGGUCGCUCUGACAUUCGACGACGGACCAUUCGUCUACACUCCUGAUCUCCUGGAACUCCUUAGUGCAUACAGUGCGCGAUCGACCUUUUUCCUCAAUGGCCAAAACAAAGGGAGCUUUCAUGGUGACGCGACUGUCGUGCGGCGUAUUUUCGACGAAGGUCAUCAGAUUGGCUCGCAUACCUGGGGCCAUCCUUAUCUCACCUCGUUGGACUAUCCUGCCAUUGUCGCGCAGAUGACCCAAUUGGAAGAUGCCUUUAUGCAAGUCCUAGGAUUCUAUCCGACGUACAUGAGGCCACCUUUCCUCGCUUUCAAUGGCCUAGUGCUGUCGGCCAUGGGUGACCUAGGGUACCAUGUCAUCAGCGCGAGUAUCGACACGAAGGACUAUGAGAAUGACCAUCCCGAUUUGAUCUCCCGCAGUUUUGAAAAGUUCCGGACCGAGUUGAACGCCGGCGGAAGCAUCAUCCUGUCCCACGAUGUGCAUGAGCAAACCGUGUAUACAUUGACAAGGGCAAUGCUUGAGGAGAUCCGCGCGAGAGGAUUGCAAACGGUCACAGUUGGAGAAUGCUUGGGGGAUCCGGAGGCAUUUUGGUACCGAACAUCUCGUUGA